AUGGAUUAUUCCCGCAGCCCAAAGGCAACCGCACUUCCCACCCUCGACGGGUCUACGAGAGGGUUCCGUUUUCCAGAUGAUAACGAAGGGGUGUCUCCCAAUGGACAGCAUGUUCUAAUUAUAGGGGGCGGCGUUACAGGUCUCACCACCGCUUGGGUCCUGCUCGACGCUGGAUACUCCGUGACUAUCAUAUCUCAAUGUUGGGCACCUGCAACUCCGCCUAUUACAUCUCAGAUCGGUUCGUGGGAGUAUCCUCCUGCCGUAUGUGGAAGUCCUACCGACCGGAUAUCCCUGGCUCACUCGAAGCAAUGGGCUCUUCGUUCGUAUCGUGUCUUCGAUGAACUAAGCAAGACAGAACCAAGCAUCAAGAUGCGUCCUGCAAACUUCUUCUUUGGUAAACCCGUCGAAGACAUUCCUGGAGAGCUACCAAAGAUGCUGGAAAUACAGACGAGUGGGGUAGUCAAAGGAUUCAUCCGAGAUACGAACCUAAUUUCCUCCCACUCUGUAAAUCAAGAGGCCGGGGUGGUGGACUCGUAUGCCCACCUCGCCCCUCACAUCGAUACUGAUGCGUAUAUGGUCUGGCUUCUGAAACAUGUCGUGUCCAAAGGAGCCUCCCUUGUCACGAAGGGCAUAUCUGGCGACCUCCUAGACAUCGAAGACCGGCUUGCCUCGGAAUAUGGAGCCGUCGCAAUUGUCAAUGCAUCGGGCUUAAAUGCCUUUGAAUUAGCGCAAGAUACGACUUGCUAUCCGCUCCGAGGCGCUCUCAUCCGUGUCGUUAAUGAUGGGCAACAGUUUACCAGAGUCACAGAGUCUCUCGCGGUCACGCACAAUGGUUCCGUGGGUAACGUGGAUGAUAUCGUUUUCAUAGUUCCGAGGAAUGACAAUAUACUCAUUCUUGGCGGAAUCGCUCAAGCAAAUCGCUGGGAGACAGACCUCACACUUUCAUCUCCUGAGAUACAGCGUAUGCGUGCCCGUUGCAACAACUUUGUUCCAGGACUAGAAAAUGCGGCCUAUGACCCACUAAUGCCCUUGGUACAAGGCCUACGUCCGUUCAGAGGUACAAAUGUUCGCGUUGAACGCGAGCUGCGUCCGAACAAAGCCUCAGGAAACUUCAGUCGCAUCGUCCACUCGUACGGUCACGGAGGAGCUGGGUUUUCUCUCUCGUUUGGGUGCGCGUUUGAUGUGUUGAAGUUGGUGAGGGAAGUGGAAAGGAAGUCGGUGCCGAAGAAGAUGUAUAUGCCUUUUGAGGGCUGCUCGGCAAAGUUGUAG